CUCUGUGCUUGGGUAACACCAAACCAGCCCUCAGCAGAGAGACCUGAAGCGCAGCCCUUCCUCUGGGGAUGACACAGGACUGGCUCUGUUCAGAUUGCAGCUAAACCGGGCCCCCAUCCAAGCCAGAUGUGCAGCCAGCUGAGAGCUGGGAAGAGAGGAGACGCUCAGGCGAUGCCUUGGCACAGCUUCCUGGCCCUAGCCCUGAUGGGGCUGCUGAUUCCACCAUCAGUCCUUUCCCAGGAAUGUCCCAAGUACAAAGUCAGUACCUGCCAAGAGUGCAUCAAGUCAGGGCCAGGCUGUGCCUGGUGUAAGAAGCUGAAUUUUGCUGAAAGAGGAGAGCCCGACUCCAUUCGCUGUGACACCAGACAGCAGCUCCUGCAGCGUGGCUGCCAGGAGAGUGACAUAGUGAAUCCCCACAGCGUGGUCAGCCCAAGACCUGACCCACCUAGCACCAAGAGAUCCCAGCUGACGCCUCAGAAUAUACAGCUCCGGCUGCGGCCAGGUCAGACGGCAGCAUUCAACCUCACCUUCAGGCGGGCCAAGGGCUACCCUAUCGACUUGUACUACCUCAUGGACCUGUCCUAUUCUAUGUACGAUGACUUGAUCAACGUGAAGAAGCUGGGGGGUGACCUGCUUCGGGCACUGAAUGAGAUCACCGAGUCUGGCCGCAUAGGGUUUGGCUCCUUUGUGGACAAGACAGUGCUGCCUUUCGUCAAUACCCACCCGGAGAAGCUGAAGCACCCCUGCCCAACCAAGGACACCCAGUGCCAGCCCCCCUUCGCCUUCAAGCACGUGCUGAAGCUCACUGAUAACUCCAACCAGUUUCAGAGUGAGGUCGGGAAGCAGCUCAUUUCUGGAAACCUGGACGCCCCUGAGGGGGGGCUGGAUGCCAUGAUGCAGGUGGCUGUUUGCCAGGAUGAAAUUGGCUGGCGCAACGUGACUCGUCUGCUGGUAUACACCACUGACGACGGCUUCCAUUUUGCGGGAGACGGCAAACUUGGCGCCAUCCUCACCCCGAAUGAUGGACGCUGUCACCUGAAGGACAACUUGUACCAGGACAGCAACAAGUUUGACUACCCCUCCGUGGGACAGCUGGCACAGAAACUAGCUGAGAACAACAUCCAGCCCAUCUUUGCUGUGACCAAAAAAAUGGUCUCCACAUAUGAAAAACUCACAGAGAUCAUUCCCAAGUCAGCUGUUGGGGAGCUGUCCGACGACUCCAGUAACGUGGUCCAGCUUAUUAAGAAUGCUUACAACAAAUUGUCCUCUAGAGUCUUUGUGGAUCACAGCAUCGUCCCAGACACUCUGAAGGUCACCUAUGACUCCUUCUGCAGCAAUGGCCAGUCAAGUGUGGACCAGCCCAAAGGAGAUUGUGACGGAGUUCAGAUCAACGUGCCGAUCACCUUCCAGGUGAAGGUGACGGCCAGCGAGUGCAUCAAGGAGCACUCCUUCACGAUCCGGCCCCUUGGCUUCACCGACACGGUCAUGGUCCAGGUGCUCCCGCUCUGCCAGUGCGACUGUGAGGGGGAGAGGCUCAGCAGGCAGCAUUGUGACAACAAGGGUUUCGUGGAGUGUGGCAUCUGCAGAUGUGACCCGGGUCACAUUGGCAAGACCUGUGAGUGCCAGACCCACGGCAAGAGCAGCCAGGAGCUGGAGGGGAACUGCCGGAAGGACAACAGCUCGGUCCUGUGCUCGGGGUUGGGGGACUGCAUCUGCGGCUUGUGCACCUGCCACAUCAGCGACAUCCCCAAUAAAUUGAUCUACGGCAAAUACUGCGAGUGUGACAACGUCAACUGUGAGCGCUACGAAAGCCAGCUCUGCGGGGGCUCAGUCCGGGGCAGCUGUGACUGUGGGAAAUGCAAAUGUGAGGAAAAAUACGAAGGGAGCGCGUGCCAGUGUGAAAAGUCCACCCGGGGCUGCCUGAACGCCCGCAACGCUGAGUGCAGUGGCCGCGGCAAGUGUGAAUGCAACGUGUGCAAGUGUGACCCGGGCUACCAGCGCCCACAGUGCCAGAAGUGCCCGGGCUGCCCAUCCCCCUGCAGCCGCUAUGUCUCGUGUGCCGAGUGCAUGAAAUUCCAGACGGGCCCCUUUGCCGAGAAUUGCAGCGUGGCGUGUUCUGGCGUGAUACAGUCCCUGGCUCCUGGCAAAGACCCCUGGUUGUGCAAGGAGCAGGACUCAGACGGCUGCUGGAUGACCUAUAUCAUGGACCAACUGGACGGGCACGAGAAGUACCAGAUCUAUGUGGAGGAAAAGCGAGAAUGCAUAGAAGGGCCCAACGUCCUCGCCAUCGUGGCGGGCACCGUGGCCGGAGUCGUGCUCAUUGGGGUGCUGCUGCUAGCCAUCUGGAAGGUCCUGACGCACUUCAGCGACCUCCACGAAUACAAGCGGUUUGAGAAGGAGAAGCUCAAGUCCCAGUGGAACAAUGAUAACCCCCUUUUCAAGAGCGCCACAACGACCGUUAUGAAUCCCAAGUUUGCUGAGAACUAGGUGGCCCCCAUUCCUGCUGCAAAGCUGUCAAGAGCCCUCCUCCAGUCGCCUUCUGAAACAGCCACAUCUGCCCAGGAGAGCUGUUGCUGGCCCUGGGGGGCCGGCCGCUGGACCUCGGGCUGGAGCCUGGAAGGCGCCUCUCACAGCAGCCACCGAGGCCACUCCAGCUCCCACUCUGUCAUUUGGACCCUCGUGAGAUUCGGACCUGGCUCAAGGACCUGCCCAGUGUCUCUAGCAGGAAUUUUUUCCACCUUCCUUGAGGCCUUGAGCGCUGAGCUGGACAAUCCUGAAGGCGGAAAAAAAAUCUCCCUUCAUAUUCUAUUUGGUCAGACCUCCUCGCCCGUGACUCCUGCAUGCCCACCUUGCCAACCAGGAGAGUAUUUUCUGUCUCUUUCCGCAUCACCCACAUGUCUGAUGGACGUUCAGGGGUCCCUCUGUCCACCCUGGCAGCUUUCACCUGCAUCUUCUACUCGGGGCCUACUACUGACAUUAAGGGGGAUUGAACCUGGUGUGGAGUUUGAAAAUAUGUGACAGAAUGAUCUAGAAGUUCUAGGCAGUCGUGCUGAAAAAUGAAUAGACAGAUGUGUGGAUGGGUGGAUGGAUGAGUGGCUUGUACCCUGAAAUCUGUAGGAGAUGAAAAAGGUCGGUUGGUGAUGUCACCGUGUUGCAGCUGUAUGUGGGAGAGUACAGACCCCCAGGACGUUCCCCCAUUGGGCAUCCGUCAUACUGAAGUAGGUUUUAUAGGCGAGGUUUGGCUAGAAACGACCCACGUCUUAUUAGGCUCCACGUCUGGAAUCUGGCUCGGUGGUUUGGUAGCAGAUACUGACUGGCUGGGUCCUCCCCUCUCCCCACAAAGCAAGGACCCGAGCCAAAACAAGGACACCCUGAAUAGAGUUCAUUGUGCUUCUGGUUUGUUUUUUUAACUUUUAUUAAAAUGCCAGCAGAUUGGUCUCUGA